GACACGAGCCUCGCGGGCAUCUUUGAGCUGAAUACGUGCGCGUCGCAGCUAGAGAUGUUGCGAGACGCGCGUUGCCACGUGCGGCUGAGAUGCUUCCUUGUCGCCGUCAGGUACAUUACGGGCGAGGUCAACCUCAAGUCAGUCUCGGCGGACGAGAAGUACAACCAGUAUGCGGGCCGGCCAAACUGGAACCGCAUCGGCCAAAGCAUCGGCGACAGCUUCCCGACCAGCGACGUCGGCGUCUUCCUCUGCGGGCCAAACGCCAUCGGGAAGCAGCUGGCGGCGAUGACCAGCAAGAUGAACAAGUCGGACACCACCCGGCGCUUUGUGCUCCACAAGGAGUCCUUCUGA